AAAAAGACCUAAGGGAGGAGGAUAAGAUUCCGAUUUUCUUUCAAAAAAAUAACGGCAGCUUUCCUUGUUCUUGUGGACUGAGUACCAUCUUCACCACCAAAUUAAAAUAGCUCCUCCAGUCAUCUUCCAGCCAAUAUCUCCUCCAAUCCCCAAAUCACCUUGAAAUCAGAUCGAAAAAUCAGCGAAAAUCAGUCAAAAAGACUUCGAAACAAUCAUCAAUGCAGUAAUUCAUUUUCCUUCAAAAAUUCCCAUUAUUUGUUUAUGUUUAUUUACUGGAAAAGGCCUCCAACUUCGAUUCGGUCGUCUUCUUUGGCGAGUUGAGGCCGCGCUCCGACUGCUGCUCUUUUAAUCUCCUUCUCCGGCGAACUCGGUUGAGAAAUCGAGUGGUUUCAAGCAGGGUUUAAGCUCGAUGGAGCCGUUAAAGAUUAUUUCAAAGUUGUGAGAUUUGCUUGCUGGUGUUGUUUGCUGGAGUUUUGGGCUGAGCUUCAUUCAAGUUGGUCUCGUUUUUUAAUCAGUUCUAUUCAAGUUUUCUUGUUCAACCAGUUUCAGAUCUGGGUUUGGUUUGGUUUAGCUGAUUUUCCUUGCAAAUAGGUCUUGUAAGUGACUGGUUAUUUGAUGAGAUGAGCUGCGUUCGCAUAAACAGUUGUCAUCCUGCCUGCGAUUUCAAUGCUUCCUUUCCAUCACUUACUGCUCCAAAAAGGACUUCAAGACUGACGACACUAUCUUCAACUUAUCUGGGCACAAGACUCCCGAAAAUCUCCCUUAAUGCGAAAGUAGGUGUAUACAGACCGCAGCUGUGCAGAACUGUAUGCUUAUUUGCUGGCAAGGGGAAGGCAAGUAACGACAAUGAGGCUUCUCCUUGGAAAGCUCUUGAGAAAGCCAUGGGAAAUUUGAAGAAGGAACCGUCAGUUGAGGAUUUAUUGAAGCAACAGAUUAAAAAACAAGAAUAUUAUGAAGGAGGAGAUGGGGGUGGCGAUCGCCCAGGUGGUGGCGGUGGUGGAGGCGGUGACGGUUCUGGUGAGCCAGAUGAAGGUAUUUCUGGGAUCUUGGAUGAGCUAGUACAGGCUGUCUUGGCAACUAUGGGCUUCAUAUUUUUGUACAUCUACAUAAUUGAAGGCGAGGAGAUCAAUGUGUUCACAAAGGACAUUCUCAAGUUUAUCUUUCUAAGGCGAAAGAGUAUUCGUCUAGGGCGCACAAUUGCACGGUGGGAAAGCUACUUCAGAAGCCUGACUGAGAAGAAAGAUGAUCCAUAUUGGUUGGAAAGUGAAAUUAUUAAUACAACUACUUGGUAUGAUAGCCCUGCAAAGUAUAGGAGCAUUCUCAGGAGGUUAGAAUCGAGUUCUUAUUAUUGAAAGCAAAACCGUUCAACCUUUUCUAUCUCUCAAGUUAUGCAGUAGUUCAAACAGUUUUCUUUAGUAAGAGAGAAAGAAGACUAGAAAAACCUGCUGUAAUCACAAAUGCCAUUUUAAUCUUCGGAAUUUUGCUUCAUCAGUAAAUUUCAAGUGUUUUUAUUUCGGGUUCCUGUAUGAUUCAGAGAUCAUUUAUCUCUUAUUUUGUUGCAAAUAGGAUUGGGAGACCCGUGUU